AUUCAUACAUUUGCAGUAGGUUAUUUGUAACAUUUCUGCUAUUUGGCUAUUAAAGUAACUUUCACCCUGUUUAGUCAAAUGUUCGGUUCACUCGCGUUAUUACUGACUCACUGAACAGAGAAUCGAAUGCUUUUAUUGGCAGCUCACUCAUCGGUCCUCGGCUCGUUACGAAACGAAUAUAUUCAAGUGAGACGAUUCUCAGUUCAAAUGGGUCUGUGAGAACAGCUCGGACCGUUUCAGUCCGGUUCGUGAAGGAAUAGUUCCGAACGGUUUUGUGAAUCGAUUCAGUGAAAAGAUUCGAUUCAAAAGAACUAUCCGCCAACCGCUCCUCCAGAUGCUUCAUUCGCUCAACAAGGUGCCUGGAGCAUAUUUGAUAGAGCACUAUCACGCUACAGCAUGGCGUCCGAUGAACCUAAAGCCAAGAGGAUUAAACUCGAGGAAAAAAAGCUCAGUCAAAAUGCCCUUUUCGGGAUGGGAAACCCCCUGCUUGACAUCUGCGCUGUGGUGGACAAAGACUUUCUAGACAAGUAUGGACUCAAGCCAAAUGACCAGAUAUUAGCAGAAGAGAAACACAAGGAAAUGUUUGAAGAGAUUGUCAAGAAAUUCAAGGUUGAAUAUCACGCUGGAGGUGCCACUCAGAACUCUGUAAAAGUCGCACAGUGGAUGAUCCAGGAGCCGCACAAAGUGGCCACCUUCUUUGGCUGCAUUGGGAAGGAUAAGUUUGGGAAGAUCCUUAAGGAGAAGGCAGAGGAGGCCCACGUGGACGCCCACUACUACGAGCAGAGCGAAGAGCCCACGGGGACCUGCGCUGCCUGCAUCACUGGCGACAACAGGUCUCUUGUUGCGAAUCUUGCAGCCGCUAAUUGCUACAAGAAGGAGAAACACCUCGAUCUGGAGGAGAACUGGAAACUUGUUGAGAAAGCCCAAGUUUACUACAUCGCUGGGUUUUUCCUGACCGUAUCCUUGGAGUCGAUCCUGAAGGUAGCCAAACACGCUUCUGAAAACAACAAGAUCUUCUGCUUAAAUCUGUCAGCUCCAUUCAUCUGUGAGUUCUUCAAGGAGGCCCUGAUGAAGGUUAUGCCCUUUGUGGACAUCCUUUUUGGCAACGAGACGGAGGCCGCCGCGUUUGCGCGAGAACAAGGCUUUGAGACUGAAGACAUUGAGGAGAUUGCGAAGAAGGCCCAAAGCUUACCCAAAGAGAACAAGAAAAGGCAGAGGAUUGUUGUCUUCACCCAAGGCAAAGAAAGAACUAUAAUGGCCAAAGGUGACGAGGCGGAGACAUUCCCUGUCUUGGAGAUCGACCAGAGCAAGAUAGUGGACACCAACGGUGCUGGAGAUGCCUUUGUUGGAGGUUUCCUGUCUCAGCUGGUACAGGAUAAGACCUUUGAGCAGUGCAUCCGCGCUGGACACUACGCUGCUAACGUCAUUAUUCGCCACGCGGGCUGCACAUUCCCAGAAAAGCCAGACUUCCACUGAUGGGCCACUGAGAGACCGGAAGAUACGGCCGCCCGAGUGUUUUAUAGGACUAAUGCCUUUUUUUAAUUGACUCUUUAUCUUCUGUUCCUCUUUCCUCUCUUGUUCACUGCCUGCCUUCUGCUGUGCCUCUGUUUUUCUGAUUCACAGCCUAAUGCGAUCACAGAGACAUAUUUCACAUUAAAAACUGUUUACAAAAGAGGAAUUUCUGUUGGAAAUAUUGAAUUGUUUUCACUAAAGCCAUUUUAGAAUUACGGUUAAGAGUGAUGAUCACAACCAGCGUCUUUCCAGAUCUGGUGUUUGCUAACAAAAUUAUUUUAGUUGUAAUUAGCUGUAAAAACUGAAGCCAGUAUUACAAACAUACAGAAGCCAGGUGAACUUUUAUUGAAAUCAAAGGCUCGUUUUAUGUCAGAAAUUGUGUUGGCCAGUCUUGUUGUUGUAAACCAAAUGUAUUUGUGGGAAACACUUAAAUGUGUCACAAACUGCCAAAAUAAACAAAAAAGGCUGCA